UCAAAAAUUACUUGAUACAAUGAAGAUGCGCAGUAAUUUCUACAAUAGUAGCCUUAUUUACUCCGUUAUGUGGAUUUCGUCGACUUAUCUGCUAUUCAUCCUCUCGUUAUCGGCAACAACUACUGCCGAGCCAGCCGUUGAUGAGAAUGGCAUCGGGCUGACGAUUAACAUAAAUAAAGCGUACUCGCAUUUCAACCGUAUCGGCAAACAACAAUCUAGGUGUGAAAUAUGUUGCACCCAGUCCUCAUGCCGAGUCUACUGCGAUGGUAAUUGCGAGUGCUGGAAUCCUUGUCUCGCCAUAGCGUGUUCGCCAGGCUACACAUGCGUGUCACAACCCUCAACGUGUCCUACACCGCCUUGUAAUUUAGUAGCUACCUGUAGGCCAACACCUACUUCAGACUAAUUCUUGUAAACCAUCAAUUUACCGCAGCUAUUUUCUUUGCAAAAUGUCAAGUAAAUUAAUUUAUCUUCGAUUGUAUAGCUGCCUGCACAGAGUAUAUCGAUUUAUUUGUGUAAAACU